AUGUCUGAAAGUGAUAAAGAAAGGCCCGUGGCUAGACUGGAUAAAGCACAACUAGAUGCUAUCAUGGCUACUCUCAUGAAAGAGAUGGAUAAAAAACUUGAAUUUGUUGGAGCUACUCGUUCUACUAACCCUGUCUUUGGCACAACUUCACAGGUUAGGAGACCAGCUAGGGAAAAGAGGAGAGGCAAGCGACCUGCAGUAGGAGACGAAUCUAAGGAUGAAGAUACUUCUUCUGGCCAUAGUACUGAUGGAGAACGGUCCGUGGGAUCAGCAAGAUCAGUGAGAACAGGACGUGCAGCCUCCCAAGCAAGAUCCCCUACACGCCAUGCAGCAAGGAACAGACCAGAUGAUAACCUUGGGAGUCUCAAACUUCGAAUACCAGUCUUCAGUGGAACCAGCAAUCCAGAUGCUUAUCUUGAAUGGGAAACGAAGAUUGAGCGAGUGUUUGAUUGCCAGCACUACUCAGAAACAAAGAAGGUGAAGCUUGCUGUGACAGAAUUCAGUGGGUAUGCUUUGCAUUGGUGGGAUCAGAUUGUUACUACUAGGAGAAGGACUGGAGAGCCGCCAGUUGCUUCAUGGUUUGAGCUCAAGACACUCAUGAAGAAGCGGUUUGUUCCAAACCACUAUGGUAGAGAGAUUCAUCAAAAGCUGAGGAGACUUACCCAAGGAACCAAAGGCGUGGAGGAUUACUAUCAAGAGAUGGAAAUACUCAUGAUCAAAGCGGCUGUUGAAGAAGCUUCUGAAGCUACUAUGGCUCGAUUUCAGGCUGGGCUUAACAGAGACAUCCAGGACCGCUUGGAGAUGCAGGAGUAUGACGACAUCUAUGAAUUGCUUCACAAAGCAAUCCUCAUUGAGCAGCAACUGAAGAGAAAGUCCUCAACCAAAGGAUCCUAUGGCAACAACUACAAAGCGCCUACUACCAAAGAUGACAAGUCUUUUGUGAAACCCAAGGAAGAGCAUGAAGACAAGGGAAAGGCACCAGCUGCUAGAUCCAGGGAUGUGAAGUGCUUCAAAUGUCAUGGUUUUGGGCACUAUGCCAAUGAGUGCACCAACAAGAAAGCAAUGAUCCUCUUGGACAGUGGUGAGGUGAUAUCCGAAGAAGAAGAGGAAGCCAUAGACUAUCCAGUUCGUGGAGAACUACUUGUCACAAGGAGAUCAUUGGCAGUACAAUCCAAGCUAGAUGAAGAUAAUCAAAGGGAGAAUCUUUUUCAUACUCGUUGCAUAGUUUAUGAAAAAGUAUGCAGUUUGAUUAUAGAUGGAGGAAGCUGUACUAAUGUUGCUAGUGAAGCUCUUGUAGAAAAGCUUGGAUUGAAAACAGGGAAGCAUCCUAGGCCAUACCUUCUACAAUGGUUGAAUGAGGAGGGCGAGCUGAAGGUCACUGAUCAAGUAAUGGUUCCUAUAACCAUUGGAAGAUACCAAGAUGAGAUCGUGUGUGAUGUUCUGCCCAUGGACUCUAGCCAUAUCUUGUUGGGAAGGCCUUGGCAGUAUGAUAGAAGAGUCAUUCACGAUGGGUUCACUAACCGGCAUUCCUUCACCCACAGAGACAAGAAGAUUGUACUGGCACCUUUGUCUCCACAAGAGGUACAUGAGGAUCAACUUCAACUAAAACUUAGGCGACAAGAAGCUAAAGAGAAACCAGCUGACAAGCAAAAGAAGGAGACUAAUCUCUUAGCCAAGAGUAGUGAGAUCAAGAAAGCUUUGUGUCUUCAACAAUCUAUGCUUUUAUUUGUUUUUAAAGGUGCACUAAUGUCUUCUUCUGACCCUGCACCGGUUCUACCGAGUGAACUUGAAUUUCUUUUGCAGGAUUAUGGUGAUGUCUUUCCAGACGAGAGCCCAACAGGACUUCCUCCCAUGCGUGGGAUUGAACACCAAAUAGACUUGGUCCCUGGAGCUUCUCUCCCAAACCGCCCUGCCUAUAGAACCAACCCUGAAGAAACAAAAGAGCUACAAAACAAGAGUAUGGCUGAGCAUGUGCAUCACUUGAAAUCUGUGUUAGAAGUGCUUAGGAAAGAAUCCUUGUUUGCUAACUUUAAGAAAUGCACUUUUGGGACAGAUCACCUUGUUUUUCUAGGAUUUGUUGUAACAGCACAGGGAAUCAGAGUGGAUGAGGAAAAGGUUAAAGCUAUCCGAGACUGGCCUAGUCCUAAGAGUGUGAGCGAGGUGAGAAGUUUCCAUGGUCUUGCCGGCUUUUAUAGAAGAUUUGUGAAGGAUUUUAGCACCAUAGCUGCACCACUCACUGAAUUCAUCAAGAAGGAUGUGGGUUUCAAGUGGGAGAAGGCGCAAGAGGAGGCUUUUCAAAACCUGAAAGGGAAGUUGACUAAUGCUCCUUUGCUAGUUCUUCCAGAUUUUACUAAGACCUUUGAAAUUGAAUGUGAUGCUUCUGGUGUAGGUAUUGGAGCUGUGCUGAUGCAGGAGAAGAGACCCAUAGCAUAUUUCAGUGAGAAACUAAGUGGAGCCAUGCUGAACUACCCAACUUAUGACAAGGAACUCUAUGCUUUGAUUAGAGGACAGCACAAGCUCAACAAGAGACACGCCAGAUGGGUAGAGUUCUUGGAAACCUUUCCUUAUGUGAUUCACUAUAAACAAGGUAAAGAAAACAUUGUGGCUGAUGCACUCUCCAGAAGGGAAGCACAUGGAGGAGGAUUGAUGGGGCACUUUGGAGUUGCCAAGACACUCGCCCACCUGAAAGAGCACUUUUACUGGCCGACCAUGAGAAGAGAUGUGGAGAGAGUAUGCAGCAGAUGUGUUACUUGCACCCAAGCCAAAGCCAAGUGUUGA